AAAAAUUUUUCAACUUCAGACAUUUACCAAAAUAACUCAAGUCUUCCGUGUCGCGUCUCGGUCUUCGUAAAUAGAAGUUAUAUGCCUCUUAACCUCUUAUUUCGCUCACCACGUGCAAGAGUGUGAAACGUUACUAUGACCAACUCCAAAGGUUAUCGUCGUGGUACCAGGGACUUGUUCUCACGCAAGUUCCGCAAGCAUGGUACUAUUCCAUUAUCAACUUACAUGAAAGUGUACAAGGUGGGCGACAUCGUUGACAUCAAGGGAAAUGGAGCUGUACAAAAAGGCAUGCCGUACAAAGUAUAUCACGGAAAGACUGGACGUGUCUUCAAUGUGACCCCUCAUGCUCUUGGAGUCAUUGUGAAUAAGCGAGUACGUGGACGUAUUAUUGCUAAGCGCAUAAACCUCCGCAUCGAACACGUUACCCAUUCGAAGUGCCGAGAAGAUUUCCUCAAACGAGUCAAGGAAAAUGAACGACUCAGGAAGGAAGCCAAGGAGAACAAUGUUCAGGUCCAACUCAAAAGACAACCCGCCCAGCCCUCUGCUGCACAUAUCGUCUCUGGGCGUGAAGCUCCUAUCUUACUUGCUCCAAUCCCAUAUGAAUUUAUAGCUUAAAAAGUAAUAAAAAUAUUACAAGAACAUUAAA